AUGGAACCGUGGAGCUUGCUCCUGACCUUGAGCUUUCUCCUUUCAACUCUCAGUCCGGCGAUCGGCUGGUCCUACUUUUUCCCAGAGCCCGCUUUCGGCAUCGAAUUCACCUUGGAUCACGUUGUCGCCUCUGUCUCCCUCCCCAAUAAAUCGACCUACGGCCUUGCAAAGGUCCACGGCGGAGAGGCCUACCGGUCGCUUAUGCGUCGGAGUCUUGAGCUCUGUCACAAUGUCUCCUUGACGCAGGCACUUCCGUUGAAGCAGCUACGCAGCUCCUGGCUACGUGCUCGAGAAGAAGAAGACGCACGACAAGCGCGCCGGGCUCCUCGGUCAAGGGAAAACUUCUCUGUAUCGGUGCGCGAGCGACAUAGCACGAAUCUGCCUGUGCCCUCGGGCAGCGACGAGUUUGGAGGUGACGCCGACGUGAAGAUCCUCGAGCGGUCGGUCGGUCGGUUGAAGGACGCGAUAGAGCUGGAGAUGCUCGACAAAUUCGGUGUAAAGGAGUAUGAUCUUUUCCCGUGGUCGUACACCAGAAUCGUCGCUCCGGACUUCUUCUUCACCGCGUUGGCGCCACAGACGGACAAGAGCAUCCAACCGGAAAAGAAUGUGAGCUGGAUCGAGUACUUCCCCAAAGACGAGGAGCUACUUUGGUACUCUUCCAUCGCCCGGAAGCUCUCGCGGGUCACCGAGGUGGCUGGUCGUAUCCACAUCAAGGCCGCCGCAGUCACAGCUUCGUCCUGGGCGACGUUAUCCCAGACGAGGCAAGAUCACUGCAUCUCUCCAGAAGGACACGGACAGGACGGGUUAAAAGGAGCCUGCGAACCAGCAUUACACUCACCCACAAGCAUUGUCGUCGGCCUUAACAACGCUACUCUCUCGCUUUGGCUGGAUGGUUCACCCGGCUUGCGGACUCCCUGGAGCACCUUUCCGAACCUCGGCGGGCACGCCCUGCUCAGUCGCGCGAAGAGUGACAUAGAUCAUCACUGGGACGAAGUCGUCUCCAAGAUCGACUCCUUUGGCGAGCGCACUGAUGGCGCCGUGGACUUGAUCUUGAGUGGAGAAUCCUGGUCCGAGCAGACGUUCGAAGGCUUCAAGAGUAGACUCAACAUGGGCGAACGGAAGGUCAACAUAGCGAACGUGGUCCGCCAGCCUGAUGAUUUUGCUGCGAGUAAGCGGGCAGCGAGAUUGGGACGGGAUGAUCUGGAUGCCCACACGGUUCCUGAAAGUCCCUUGGUGUAUGGCGAUGAGCUAUAG